GUAAAAUCAAUUAAAAUGCGGUAUCAUACAUAAACAUGUCAUUUAAUUUGACCUCAGCUGAAAACUAUGCCCUCUAACUUUGAGUCUACGUAACUUGUAUAAAGUUGAACAAAUAGAUACAUAUGUCCUACUUGACAUCCUAAAUGACAAUUCACGUUCUACAUGACCUAUGUGUACUAUGUCACAUAGAACACAUGUGUUUACUUGUGCACACAUAAAACUAAGAAACAUAAAUAUCUAUUGACACCAUAUUCAAAAACAUAUUUAUAUAUUAUACCUUAAAAUACACACAAAUCGACUCGAACACCAUCCAUCCCACCAUCCAUACUAUUUAAAAUUGUCCCACUCUUGGUACUUCUAUAUUACUAGUCCAUCUUCUAAGAAACUUGUAAAGUCAACUAUUUCACCACUCCAAAACCAAAAAGAGAAAAUGACACAAAAUCUUGAUUCACCUUCCUCCACCAUAGAACCACCACAACACCUCCCAACAACCACCAACCCCACCACCCCAAAAAAAAACCACAAACUUACCCUUAUCCCAUUAAUCUUCCUCAUAUACUUUGAAGUAGCUGGUGGUCCAUAUGGUGAAGAACCAGCUGUUAAAGCAGCUGGUCCUUUACUAGCAAUUCUUGGAUUUCUAAUUUUCCCCUUUAUUUGGAGUGUACCAGAAGCCCUAAUUACAGCUGAACUUUCAACAACUUUCCCAGGUAAUGGGGGUUUUGUUAUUUGGGCUGAUAAAGCUUUUGGACCCUUUUGGGGUUCUUUAAUGGGUUCUUGGAAAUUCCUUACUGGUGUCAUAAAUAUUGCAUCUUUCCCUGUUUUAUGUAUUAGUUAUUUAGAAGAAAUUUUCCCAAUUCUUGAUUCUGGGGUUCCAAGAAAAUUAGCAAUUCUUGGUUCAACUUUGUUUUUAUCACUUGUUAACUAUACUGGAUUAACAAUUGUUGGGUAUGUAGCUGUUGCACUUGGGGUUAUUUCACUUGCCCCUUUUAUCAUAAUGUCAUUAAUUGCUAUACCAAAGAUUCAUCCUCAUAGAUGGUUGAGUUUAGGUCAAAAGGGGGUUAAAAAAGAUUGGAACUUGUUCUUUAAUACACUCUUUUGGAACUUGAAUUUUUGGGAUAAUGUUAGUACUAUGGCUGGUGAAGUUGAAAAUCCAAGAAAGACAUUUCCUUUAGCACUUUUUUCUAGUGUAGUGUUCACUUGUUUAGGGUAUAUUAUACCACUUAUGGCUGUAACGGGGGCGGUAGACUUGGACCAACGCGAUUGGGACACAGGGUUUAUGGCUAACGCCGCGGAGAUCAUAUCAGGGAGGUGGUUGAAGUUUUGGAUUGAGAUUGGUGCUGUGUUGUCUACCAUUGGAUUGUUUGAAGCUCAAUUGAGUAGUUCAGCAUUUCAAAUUUUGGGUAUGGCUGAAAUUGCAUUUUUACCUAAGUUUUUUGGGCUAAGGUCUAAAUGGUUUAAUACACCUUGGGUUGGGAUUGUGUUGUCAACAACUAUAUCACUUGGGAUGAGUUAUAUGAAUUUUCAAGAUAUUAUUUCUAGUGCAAAUUUCUUGUAUAGUUUAGGUAUGCUUUUGGAAUUUGCAUCAUUUCUUUGGUUGAGGAGGAAGUUUCCAUUGAUUAAAAGGCCUUAUAGGGUGCCAAUGAGAUUACCACUUUUGGUGAUUAUGUGUUUGGUUCCAUGUGGUUUUUUGGUAUUCAUCAUGACUAUAGCAACAAAGCUUGUGUAUUUGAUUAGUGGAUUGAUGACUAUUGGAGGGAUUGGAUGGUACUUUUUGAUGCAGUAUUGUAAGUCAAAGAAGUUGUUAAAGUUCAAUGAUAAGGUAGAUGAUACUUAUGAGGAAUAUGUGGAGUAAAUGUAAUCAAUAGGGAGGUAGUUGGUGUGUAUGAUUUUUCUUCUUUUUUUAUUUUUUGUAUUUUCAUAGAUAUGAUAUGACCUCAUAUAUUGGCAAGAUGUUGCUUUCUUUUGAAAAAGAAUUGAAUGCAAAAAUGUCCUUUCUUUUGUCCUA